AUGGAUAAAUUCAGACCUAUUCUCCCUCUCACGGUCGCUGCUGAAAACGUUGGUGUCUCGAUCGAGUCUUUCUCCUGGUGGAACUUGUUUACUGGUCAAUCCGCUGCAUUUCGCGCAUUAUCAAAUGUUUCGUUUAAUGCUGCCCCAGGCCAAGUUAUUGCCAUCAUGGGUGCUUCUGGAUCUGGAAAGACUACUUUGUUGCAUAUGCUUGCUGGGCGGAUUCAAAAUGCAAAAGUCGAUGGCAGUGUCACGUUUGAUGGUCAGCCACCACAAUCUUUUUAUUCUAAUGGAUCGGUAGGAUACGUUCAACAGUAUGACUAUUUGAUGCCUUAUCUGACUGUCAGGGAGACUUUGCGAUAUUGUGCUGAACUGCGACUUUCCAAAACUAUUGCCCACCACGAAAAACUCAAUUUGGUAGAAGAGGUUAUUCUUGAACUGGGCCUCAAGGAAUGUGCAGACACGAUUAUUGGUAAUGAUUGGCGAAAAGGCAUUUCUGGUGGUGAAAAGCGUCGAGUCUCUGUAGGUUGUGAGCUAUUGCUUAACCCUUCUGUGCUUUUUAUGGACGAGCCUACUACCGGUCUUGAUUCUUUUACUUCUUUGAAUUUAAUGGAAACAUUGGUGAGCCUGUCUCGUCGCGGACGCACUGUAUUGAUUUCAAUCCACCAACCACGAAGUGACAUUUUUAAGCUAUUUGAUUCCGUCAUUUUACUGGCUAAAGGAAUGCCAAUCUAUGCUGGAAAAAAUGGUCCAAAACUCAUCCAACACUUUGCAGAUCUUGGGCAUUUUAUUCCUGAAAACACGAAUCCAGCCGAUUCAUUGAUUGAUAUAUGUAGCAUCAAUACUCGUAGUGAGCAGGAAGAGAUUAGAACACUCAAGGUUGUUGAGCAUUUGACCAGUACUUGGGCCGAGUUGGUCAAAUCUGAUAAACAUCUCGACUAUGCUUACAAGCCUCGUGUUGAGAUGGUUGACCCUUUUGACAACUCAACUGCAUCCAUUUUGACCGAGAGUACUCCAAAUGAAAUGUUACAAACCACUACUGCUGACUCUCUAUCCAUGCCCAAACGCUUGCCAAUAUCAAGUAGCAGACAUUCGGGUGCCUCCACUCUCUCUCAAUGUGCUAUUCUUACUCGUCGUGCAUGGAACAAUCUACUUCGAGACAAUUUGUCUUUAUGGGGAUCACUCAUUGAAACCAUUGCCGUUGGUUUAAUUUUUGGUGCUAUUUUUUAUCAGCUACAGGAUACACUUUCGGGUGUAUUUAGUCGUCGCGGUGCACUCUAUAUUGCAUCUUCCAUUCAAACCUAUCUAAUGCUAAUUUUUGUUAUUUACAAAUUAACAACUGACAUAAAAGUUAUGGAUCGUGAGCGUGCUGAUCACAUGUAUGGCGUUGUUCCAUAUGUAUUUGGACAGUUUAUGUCCCAGCUUCCAUUCAAUAUCAUCUUUCCAUUGAUUUACUCUGUGAUUCUAUAUUUUAUGAUGGGUCUACGCACAGAUAACCUUGCAUUCCAUUUUAUUAAUUUUGCUGCUGCAAAUUUACUGGGCCAUUGGGUUAUUAUUGGAUACUCGCAAUUUUGCGUUUCCCUUGCUCGAGAUUUUGCCACAGCAUCACUGAUUGGAAGCGCCAUGUAUACAUUCUACUCCUCAUCCAGUGGGUUUUUUGUUCAGCUUGAAACCAUUCCAAUAUAUAUUAAAUGGAUUAGCAAAAUUUCGUUUCUCACCUACCAGUAUCGACUAAUGAUCUCCAACGAGUUUUCAGACAACACGUUUGCAUGUGCAGAUGCAGGUGCUCCGUGUAGCGGCAACAGUAUUCUUCGCAGUAUGGCGAUUGAUGUGCAUGAUUAUCAAACCCCAUUGAUAUCGCUGCUACUUAUUUUUGUAAUCUUCAUGGUGGUUUCAACUAUUAUUUUACAAUUUUUAAAUGUGAAUCAUAACAAGCAUGCAGGGACCGUAAAAUCAAGCAUUAAAAUGCUUGUUAAAGAUGAGGAUGCAGAACUGGGUAUUUCUGAUUCUCACAGCAAUUCCAAAAAUCAUCAUUCCAGCAUACAUGUCAAGAUUAAAAGUUUGACGCUGCAACUGACAAUCAAAUCAAUAAUGCCAUCUACGCCUACUAUUAAAAAGGUCUUGUUGGAUAAUGUGACAACAAGCUUUCCUCCCAACUCACUUUCAAUUAUUAUGGGUGGUAGCGGAACAGGAAAAUCAACACUACUAUCUGUUCUUACUGCACGCAAACUGAAAAUCAAUGCCAUGUCCAAACUGGAUCAGACUGGUACUGUUAUGUUUAAUGACAUUCCAGAAAAUAAUCCGGCUCGCAUUGCUUCUGUGUGUUCAUUUGUUCCACAAAGUGACUCUCAUUUAUUGCCUGCGCUGACUUGUCGCGAGACAUUGCAUUAUGCUGCUAUGUUGAGGCUGCCAUCUGAGUGGACCAAGAAACAGAAGCAAGACCAAGCAGAGCAAAUUUUGGCUGUUUUGGGAUUGCGUCAUUGUGCAAAUACAGUGGUUGGCAGCGAGUUUCGAAAGGGUAUAUCUGGUGGUGAGAAACGUCGUCUGAGUAUUGGUGUGCAAAUGCUGACAGAUCCGAGUGUGUUGGUGAUUGAUGAGCCAACAAGUGGAUUAGAUGCAUUCACUGCCCAUCAUAUCAUGCUCACUCUCAAAAAUUUGGCUCAAUCUGGCCGUACUAUCGUUUGCUCCAUCCAUCAACCUCGUAGCGAUAUUUUCUCCAUGUUUGACCAUAUUUUACUUUUGGCUCGUGGUGGUCGCGUAGCUUAUUCUGGUCCUGCUUUGCAGAUUAUGCCCCAUUUUAUUGCUUUGGGGCAUGAACUUCCUGCAUUCACCAAUCCAGCAGACUAUAUUUUGGAUAUAAGCUCGAUAGAUUUUAGAAAUGCCAAAGCCGAAGCCACGACUCGUGUUCAAGUGGAUCAUAUCGUUGACUAUUGGAAAUCAUGCACACUUUCCACCACUUUGGAUCUAAACGACACCAAAGCUGAUGUCAAUGGUUCAAAAAGUGCAGAAGCAGAUGGAUCUUUGGAGAUUAAGCCACGAAAAAAAACAUCCUUCUUCAAUGCAUUUUAUGUGCUGUCCAUUCGCAGCAUAGUGAAUACCCAGCGUCAACCUCUUCUUGUUAUUGCUCGCAUUAUGCAAGUCGUAUUUCUUGGUAUUAUACAAGCCAUUUAUCUCCCAAAUCAGUCUUACAACCAAACCAGUAUUCAAAACCGUAUAGGUGUCCUUCAACAAACAGUUGCAGUUCUUUUUGUCGGUCUUCUCAAUUGCGUUGCUGUUUUCCCUCCUGAACGUGAUCUCCUGUAUCACGAAUUCGCUGAUGGUGCAUACACGCUUGGUCCCUUUUUCUUUGCAUACAACCUUAUAGAAAUCCCUAUUGAAAUCGUUUCGGCUUUGCUGUAUUCGCUGUUCAUCAUGUUUGCUAUUGGUUUAAAUACAACACCGGUGACUUAUAUGUGCAUGGCAUUAUCAGUAUUUUGUUUUGUGAAUAUCGGCGAAAGUAUCGGGAUUGCUUUCUGCUCUAUUGUCAAUCAUGUUGGAUUUUCCGUGUCGUUGACGAAUUCCGUUCUAGGUGUGUUUGUUGUUAUGUCGGGUAUGCUUUCAUCCAAUAUGCCGCUGGUUCUUGAUCGCUUGAAUCGCAUCUCACCCAUCCCGUACCUUACACGAUUGAUGGCUAUCAAUGAAUUUCAAUCCAAUGUGAUUUACACUUGCACGCAACAGGAAAUUCUGACUGGGACAUGCAUGUAUCACACGGGGUCUGACGUUUUAAAGCUUCUCAGUGGAAGUACAGAUACUAUGGCAUUUGAAAGCAACAAAUUUGUGCUUUAUAUUGUUGUUGGAUGUGUGUUGGCUGUUGCGUAUCGACUGAUAGCAUAUAUGGUGUUGCUAUUCAAAGUACGCAUGUAAAUUCUACAAACUAUUAUGCAUUUUAGAUUUUGAAUAAAG